AAAGUUGGCGAUCCUUUUUCACCCGAUGCAUAUCAAGGGCCACAGGUGUCCAAGACUCAAUUUGAGGUUCGUUUAUCCAAUUUUAUUAUAACGCAUACUUUGACACCCGUGAAACUCAUCAUGGGACACAUAACCUCUAGCAAGGACGAUGGUGCUACGGGGCACCUUGGCGGCAAGCAGAUUGGCCAAGAGGGAUACUUUAUCGAGCCAAUAAUUUUCACGGAGUGCCAGCCCGACAUGAAAAUCGACAGGGAAGAAAUAUCUGGCCCUGUC